AUGUCUUCGCAAGCAUACCAUCGAUCCGACGACGCCGAUGUCUACCGCAAGAAUGCGUCUUUCGUCUACUCUGACGAGUACUCGGCGCCCGUUCUGAAGCUGCUUGACCCGGAACCGGGAGACAAGAUCCUCGACUUGGGAUGCGGUAGCGGCGAGCUGACCUGCAAAUUAGCCUCUGCCGUUGGCCCACGCGGACUCGUCUUUGGUCAGGACGCCAGCGAGGACAUGAUCAAGAAAGCAAACGCAUCCAUAGACGUCGACGCCGACGGUACUCCCAAGUUCGAAGUGCGAGACGCACAGGACCCGAUCGCGCAAGGGCAGCGAGGACAAUUCGACAAGGUGUUCAGCAACGCCGCGCUACACUGGAUGAAACGCUCGCCUUCCUCUGUCGUUCAGAAUGUUUACUCCAGCCUUCGACCAGGCGGUUCGUUCGCUGCCGAGAUGGGCGGGUUCAUGAACUGCGUCGGUGUCCGAUCCCAUCUGCACCUCGCUCUGAGCAGACGCGGCGUCGAUCCAGCACCUCUGGAUCCGUGGUUCUUUCCCACCGCUGCCGAGUACACCAAGUUGCUUCAAGAAGCCGGAUUCACAGUGGAGACCUGCGAGCUUGUGCCGAGACUCACACCACUACCGAAGGAGAGCGGGCUGAAGGGCUGGCUGAGCACCUUUGCAGGUCCGUUCCUCAACGCAUUCGACAGUCAAGAGGAGCGAGAAGAAGUCGUAGCCGAAGUCGAGGAUGCGCUACGGUCAGACGCAUACGAUGCCAGCACGGGGACCUGGAGUGUCAUGUAUGUCAGGCUGAGGUUCUUGGCCGUCAAACCGAAGUAG